AUGUCUGUUCCUAUUCCUGAAGAAAAUGACCUGGAUACCGGCGACAACGAGCUAUAUGAGGACGAAAUUGAGCAAGAAUACACCACUGAAAGCACACCCGACAUUCCCUGCACACGACAGACAAGGUCGUCUCGUGAAUUUCUAAAAUCUCGAGACCCUUCGUUAAUUGCGGAAUCAUGCCGCGAAAUCCUCGACUUUAUGACAAGCAAGGGUUUCAACCUCCCAACCUUUUUGUACUACAUGUCUUGGACUGACCAAGCAGUCCUCGAAGAUCCAGUUUGCCGGUAUCAAAGGACCGCGCUCAUGUGGAGUGAAGAACUCCCGAUUAUUCUCGCAAACUGGCACAAGCCUCCGCGGGCGCAUGGCCGCGGCAUUCACACCCGAGCUGCAGGAAAGGUCAUGGACCAGUGGGCGGAGGAUGUGGUUAAGAGGUGCAUCAACCGCGAGCUUCGUGCCACCAAGAAUCUCUUCCUAUCGCCUCAAUCGGACCUGUCCGAGGAGAGCUUGCUCUCGGUGGAUCUAGGAGAGCUCGUCGCUCAAGUAAAGCAGUGCGCACCGCUCACCUGGUCGAUUUUUCACUCGGCAUCCUGGACGCCACGGCAGGAGAAGAAGAAUACCACAAAGACGACAGAACUGCCGACAGUAAUGUCAAUUGCCAUGGCGCAGUUCGGCCGGUCGCACCACCGUUGCCGAGUACAAAAGUACUUGACAAUGUACUUUCGCAGCAACAGCCUUUCUGCCAAAGGCUAUGACACCGGGAAUGCUCUUGAUUUGACCAUGAGUCAUUCCUGGCUCUUCAGCGGCGUCGAAAAGAUCGCUGAACGAUCAAUUAAAAGCCUCAGAGACGACGUUAAGAAGUUCAAAUUUCGAGGCACCCACGAUAACAUCAACAUGCGCUUUGUCUCGUACGAACAGCGCCUCGAUAACAAGACGCACUUUGACAGCGGCGCGGCUGCAACAAUCUACAUGGUAAAGGACCCUUCGGCGGUUCCACCGAACACGAAAGCGUAUCGGCGGCAGCUUCAGACUGGCAGCAAGAUGCCUAUUCGCGAUAUUGAUAUCUACAAGCUCGAGAAGGAAGCAGCGCCUCGUCUUCGCCAGCGCGCCAUCUACGACAUUCUACGCAUACUCAUUGAGUCCCGCCCCUUCCAGUUAAAUACUUACGAGCACCAUGAAAGCGACGUCUUCAAACCGCCGCCGCCAGUCAUGCAGCUCCCUACUGGCCCCGAGCAUGCGACCUGCCAAUAUAUGCUUGGGACGGAACAUCGGGAGGAAGCAUCUUAUGACGGGAACGAAGACUGCAUGCGCCUUUGGAUGCAGCAGCUUGGACUGGACUCACCCGAGGAACAGAGACGCAUCGGCGAGCACGAAACGAUCAUAUGGAUCGGCGAUCAGCUAACAGUAUCACGACUUCGCGGUAUCAAGCGAUUUCACUCCCAGGAUCUGAACUCGGCUGAACGUCUCGAGUGUCUUGCACUAUCCUUUGGAUGGUUUCAUUUUGAGGUGAAUGCCGGACACUCAUUCCACAACCAGUACUAUUGUACCAGUACUGGUGUUGGUCUCAAGCGCGAUUUUGAUCUGCUUGACCGACGAGGACUGGGAUCUCCAUCUACCCAAGGGAACUUCCAUGCUUCUUUUGAGGAGGGUCUCACUCAUGUCGCCGAAGCACGCUUUCGUGAUCUUUGGUGCACAGUCAGCGAUCUCCUGCGUCUCGCUGAGAAGAUCUACGAGGAUUUUGCCUCGACUAAGGCGCUCCUCAAGCUACGAAAGAUGAGCCACGAAAAGCAGGAUGAUAUUCUCAUCCAUGCUGUACAGUUCAACCGCGACGUCCUGAUCUUUCUCAACCUCAAUGAUGCGAUCAAGACUGGAGAUGUGGGGCGUAUGCGAGACGUCCUUCCACGCAUGCUCUUUCGCUUCAUUGGUGGCGGGAACCAUAACUAUACUGCUGAGGUGUUAGAGCUAAUUCAGGGCCUUGAACGCGAGUGGCCUAGUGAUAUGGUAGAGUGGAUGAUGAAAUAUUGUUGGCUUGCAAACUCAACUGGCAAGGAAGGCUUGUUCAAGGCUUUUGACCUUGCCCAGGAGCACAACAUCAAAGAUAUCAAGGGUCUCUUCUUGGCCUUUGGUCCUCACGCAACCUGGGAGUAUAUCAAGAAGAUCUCUGCAGCUAUACCAACCCUGCGGAAGAUCAAGGAUCACGUUGAAGCAACUGUGAAUCAUUACCGCCGAGGCAAGAGUCACAGCAGUCCCGAGAGGGAAGAGGAUGUCGCAAAACUUCAAGAGAUGUAUGCAAAGCAGAGAACUCAUGCUUAUACAGCUAACCGACACCUUACAAACUCGAGCGACGUCGCAGAAGACUACAUUGGAAAGGGCUGCGAGCCAAGUAAGCUACAGGCUACGAUUAAAAGCUGGGCAAGCAAACGGGUCACUAGCGUAGCAACUACAGAAGACUGGGAGUAUCCACUUCACAGUGAUGACGAAGACAAUACCAUGUAAAUUAUUACACACGUCUCAGAUGGCCAGAGAAUUUU